GACACCUUCAUUUUUAUACUGCCUUUUCCUCACUUCAGAGAAAAUGCACCAUGAUCUUUCUGUUCUUGUCUUUGUUUAUUGGCUAGGUUUGUGGCAAAAAUCUGGUGUUUAACCACCAUGUUUUAUUUCUCUGAAAACAACCCAAACAUUGUAUGCUGAUUCCUGCAGGUCUCUCUGCGUAGAGAGCAGAACUGGUACUCAAACCAUGCUGCAGUCCAGGGCAUUGGUGAUAGCUCUGAUUCUGCUCCUUAGCACCACUUUCCCUGAAGUGCAGUCAAAGUCCAUCUUUGAGAGAGACCGUCGUGACUUGCUGGCCAUCCCUGAGACUGUUGCAUCUUACUUCUAUGAAGCUGUGAACAAAGUGUCCCCCAAAGUCAGUCAGUUCCUGCUGGAUACUGUCCAGAGCCCAACAGUUAUUGCGGCCAGACAGAGAAUCGCCAAAGAAGCAACUAAAGUCAGUAUAAUGUUUGAACAGCUGAUUGAAAAAAUAAAGAACCUGUGGUACACAAAAGUCCUAGGCUAUUAG